AGAGAGAGACACACAGAAGGACAGAAUCACAUGCUCUCCUCUCGCACGGCAGACUGUUUUACAGCUCUGAUCUCAUCUUUCUAAAGAGCUAGAGAGAGUGUGUGUGUGUGUGUGUGUGUGUGUGUGUGUGUGUGUGUGUGUGUGUGAGUGUGUGUGAGAAGACAGUUGGACUAAUACAUAACUUUAACUGUGGAUUUAAGAGAUUUAUCAGUGAGGAGGGUUUGAGAAGCUGAUCAAAUCAGGAUGAUGAUCCGCUGGGAAUGAUAUAAACUCACUGAGUUCAUGGUGGCCUGAAGGUCAUGGGGUCGUUCACGCUAGGGAAAGCGGCGCCUCUGGAGCUCCUGCUAGACGCCUGCAUCUAUGCCUUCGAUGAUGAAGGAAAUCUAAACGGAAAUAACCUUCCCAGAACUCUCCUGCUAAUGCACAGAUGGUACGUCUCAUCUACAGAACUAGCGGGAAAACUCUUCAUCAUGUAUCGGGACUGUAUGGGAGACGACAGCGAACGAACGAGGCUGAAGAUCUGCUAUUUAAUGAGGUACUGGAUCGUUGAGUUCCCCGCUGAGUUCGAUCUGGAUCUCGGUCUAAUUCGACUAACAGAGGAGUUUAGAGACGUAGCGGCACAGCUGGGUUGUGACCAACACCUCAGACUACUCGACAUCUCCACCAUCCCGUCAUACGAUUGGAUGAGGAAGCUGACACAAAGGAAGAAGCAGGUGAAGAAGGGCAAAGCGUCGCUGCUGUUCGAUCACCUGGAGCCUAUGGAGCUGGCUGAGCACCUCACCUUCCUUGAGUACAAAUCCAUCCGCAGGAUAUCAUUCACAGACUAUCAGAGCUACGUGGUAAAUGGCUGUCUGAUAGAAAACCCCACACUGGAACGUUCCAUUGCACUGUUUAAUGGCGUGUCCCAAUGGGUUCAGCUGAUGGUCCUCAGUAAACUCACACCACAACACAGAGCUGAUGUCAUCAGCAAAUUCAUCCACGUGGCACAGAAACUUCUCCACCUGCAGAACUUCAACACGCUCAUGGCGGUGGUCGGGGGUUUGAGUCACAGCUCCAUCUCACGCCUGAAAGAAACUCAUGCACACCUCAGUGCUGAUGUCACCAAGCAGAUGUGGAGCGAGAUGACGGACCUGGUGUCGUCGAAGGGGAACUACAGCGCGUACCGUAAAGCCUACAACGAGUGUGAGGGGUUUAAAAUCCCCAUCCUGGGCGUGCAUCUGAAGGACCUGAUCGCUGUGCACGUGGUUUUUUCCGACUGGAUCGAGGAGAGCAAGCUGAACCUGGUGAAGAUGCAGCAGCUCUACAUCACAUUUAAAGAGCUGAUGGCGUUACAGAGCUCAGCGGCUCAUGUGGAGCCCAACAUGGAUCUUAUCUACCUGCUGGCUCUUUCACUGGAUCUCUAUUACACUGAAGAUGAGAUUUAUGAUCUGUCUUUGCUACGAGAGCCACGAAACACCAAAUCUGUGCCGACUUCUCCGACAACGCCGAAUAAAACUCACGCUCCUCUGGACUGGGCUUCAGGCGUGACGACUAAGCCCGAUCCCUCUGUCGUCAACAAGCACAUCCGCAAAGUAGUGGACUCUGUAUUCCGUAACUACGAUCAUGAUCAUGAUGGCUACAUCUCCCAGGAGGACUUCGAGAGCAUCGCCGCUAAUUUCCCCUUCCUGGAUUCCUUUUGUGUGUUAGACAAAGAUCAGGACGGGUUGAUCAGUAAGGAUGAGAUGAUGGCGUAUUUCCUGCGUGCUAAUCCUGUUCUGCAGUGUAAAAUGGGGCCAGGUUUUAUUCACAACUUCCAGGAAAUUACGUACCUGAAACCGACCUUCUGUGAACACUGCGCUGGAUUCCUCUGGGGGAUUAUUAAACAGGGCUACAAAUGCAAAGAUUGUGGUGUUAAUUGUCAUAAACAGUGUCGUGAGUUGUUGGUGUUGGCGUGUCGGAGACUUCCUCGCUCCACCUCGCUGUGCAGCGUCUCCCCCGGAGCUCACAGCUCGUUACCCAGCAGCCCCACGCUGCCCACCUCGAAAGAUGAAGACGAGGUGUUCGAGUUUCCCACUGUGUCACCUUCAGGUUCCGAUUUAGAACGCAAAUCCAUCACCCUGAUGACGGGCUCUGCUCAGAGGAUCUCCGUUCGCUUCCAGAGAGCCACGACCAGUCAGGCCACUCAGACCGACCCUCUGUGGACCGAUAACAACUGGAGUGAAUCCGGAUCUGGAUCACACACCUUCCCUAAGAUGAGGUGCAGACCACAUCGCAAAAACUCUAAAAACAAAGGCUUUGCUCGCUGGGACGAGAACGAGACGAGCGGCCACGAGAGGAGAGAAACACACAAACAACCUGAGGAGGAGCAAAGAAAUGGAGUUCCACCACUUCAUCACCAUUACACCCAUGACAGCAAGAUCAGCUGACUUGGCAGCUCAGGGCGUCAGGUCAGGACGCGGGGGAGAUCUUCAGCUCCGCGGCCCACAAUGCUCUCCUCUCUGGGGGACGUGCUGGGAUGCUUCAGACCCACCGAGUGACCCCACCAAUAAAGAAAGAGGCGGAUAAGGAGGACGAGAUGCCGCAGCUGCUGCACCAGGCGCCGGACAUUAACAAGCGAUCGGGUGCUGAUGCUGUGAAGAAAAAGAUCAAAUACCAUUACACAAUACAGUGAUAGUCCUCUACAUAGGAUUCCAUCAUCAUCAUCAUCGUCAUCAUCAUCAUUUACUUUUCAUGUAACGCCAGAUGACUGGGAGCAGAAUCAAGGAACUCAGGAAGAAACUUUCAGGGGAGGGUUCCUGUUGGACCACGUUACAUAUUUUUGGAGGAAAAAAUAUUUCUCAGGAUGUUUUUUUUAUUCAGGAGUGGACAAAUCAUACGCUUAUUAACAGCGUGAGUGCUGAAAGGAAGAAGAACAGAUCAGACGGAGGUCACGACUUUAUUGUUAGCGACUUUGCUAUUGUUACUCAACUAGGAAGCCUGCAGUGGCUGAUGGAUAUCUGCGUUAUGAUUGGUUGCAAGGUGUUAAUGAAUAUUAAUUAGGGCAGAGAGAGAGAGAGAGAGACGGUAAAGCUUUAUGUACGGAAAUGUUUAUUUCCAGAUGUGUGCAAAUGUGUUCAGGUGUAUACAGAUGUGUACAGAUAUAUGUGCAGAUGUGUGCAGGUGUGUACAGAUGUGUACAUGUAUCUACAGAUGUGUACAGAUAUAUGUACAGAUGUGUACUGGUAAAUGUGUAUAGAUGUAUGGGCAGGUUUGCAUAGAUGUAAACAGAUAUAUGUGCAGGUGUGUACAGAUGUGUACAGAUAUAUGUGCAGGUGUGUACAAAUGUGUACAUAUAUAUGUGCAGGUGUGUACAGAUGUGUAAAGAUAUAUGUGCAGGUGUGUACAGAUGUGUACAGAUAUAUGUGCAGGUGUGUACAGAUGGAUGUACAGAUGUGUGCAGGUGUGUACAGGUGCAUACCGGUGUGUAUAUGUGUGUACAGAUGUGUACAGGUGUGUUGAGCUUCUGGGUUCACUGAUUUGUCCACUCCUGAUAUCAACGAUUAUUUUAUCGUUUUAUUUAUCUUACAAAGCUAGCAAAGGAACAGCAUGCUAAUCCUGGAAUUUUUUUUUUUGUGUGUGUGUGUGUGUGUGUGUGUGUGUGUGUGUGUGUGUGUUUUCUUGAGGUAACACAUAAGGGAUGUGUGUACAAACAUCUGGGUUUUUGGUCUGUGUAAUUUUCAAAGGUAUAAACACUACAUGAGAUUUUUAUAAAUUGAAUGAGAAUUCAGAGGAACAUGUGAUGAAGGGGUUUAAAGAUUCAUGCUAGUUUCAUGGAUGCACGUAAUGACAGGUCUAUGCUACUUUAUGUUUUUUUUUUCAUGGUAGUUUCAUGCUAGUUCAUGAUAUAUUACAUUAGUUUUUGACAGACCAUGUUAGUUUCAUGCUAAUUUGUGCUAGUUCAGGCUAGUCUAAUGCUAGUCUAAUGUUAUUUUCAUGCUAGUUCAUGAUACUUCAUGCUAGGUUAUCCUAGUUGAGUAUAAGUUGUGGUAUUUUAAUGAUUGUUUCAUGCUAGGAUCCAGAAGGUUGUAAUGAUACAUUGUUAUGUAGUUCAUAUCGUUAAUGGAAUAUUAUUAUUAUAAGUCAAUUAUUGUUUGAGGAAGAGAGAGCUAAGAAGAGAGAGAGAGAGAGAGAGAGAGAGAGAGAGAAAGACAGGAAGCGUUGACGUUAGCAUGUUGAUGAUUUCAUAAAGAAGGAAAAAACACUACGGAUUUUUGAGCCGGAUCUCAUCACUUGAGAGAAAGGUACGCAUCGCUGAGAAAUAAAAGACAAGCGCUUUAUCAGGACGAGGUGAUGGACAGAUUCACUCUUAUACACGUUGUAUACAUCAUAAACAUAAAUACAGAUAUUUUAUUAUAUAUGUUUAGUUUCUUUAUUGAAAUAAAUACAUUAUUAUAA